AUUUGCUCAUACCGCGCGUCAGUUCGAUGGUGGUGGAUUGUGAUGUCGUGUUAGCGCUGUUUACUACUUACCAGUACCUUGUCCCAAGUACAGUCAGCUAAAAACUUGCCCGUGUAGGACUGGAAGCACCGCCGAUAGUUGUUUGGUUUCGCAGCAAAGUUACCUAGUUGGAUGACAAUAACGUCGCGUCUGCAAGUUCAAGUUAAUAUAACGCUAGCUGUUAGCUUGUGCGUUUUUUUGUUUUUUGUUUUACCUGCUCAACUUGCGUGUUAAGUUUUAAUUUUGUAAAGGCACGCUAGAAUUGUCGGCCAAGAUGUUAAAGAGAAAGGGCACUCGUAGUAGUGACGACAAUCACGCACACAAACGAGUCAGAAAUGGUGUGGCGAGUGAAGGGGAGGAAGGUGAAAUCGUCCCGAGCCUACGGAGCGCUGUGGUGUCCAAGCAGCAGGUCGUGGAUGAGGUGGGCAUCGUGGAGUCUAUCACCUUGAAGAAUUUCAUGUGCCACUCUCUCCUAGGCCCUUUUACUUUUUGUUCUAAUGUCAACUUUAUAGUCGGCAACAACGGAAGUGGAAAAAGUGCAGUUCUCACAGCUCUCAUCGUUGCACUAGGGGGAACUGCCCAGGCUACAAAUAGAGGAUUAUCCCUCAAAGGUUUUGUAAAAGAAGGAGCGAGUUCAGCUGAUGUUUCCAUCACUCUGCGUAACAGAGGGAGGAAUGCUCACAAACCUGAGGUCUAUGGUCCUACAAUCAUCAUCGAUCAGAGAAUAACACGUGAGGGACUACGAAGCUACAAAUUGAGGAGCCAAUCUGGACAAGUCAUCUCAACCAAAAGGGAUGAGCUUGGAUCCAUUCUGGACAGUUUUAAUAUUCAGGUGAACAACCCUGUAUCAAUUCUCACUCAAGAAAUGAGCAAGCACUUCCUACACUCUAAAGGAAUGGGGGACAAGUACAAGUUUUUUAUGAAAGCCACCCAGCUAGAGCAGAUGAAAGAUGACUUUGUCUACAUCAAAUCCACCAAGCAUGUCACCGAGAACAAAUUGGAGCAACACGCAGAGUCCUUGAAGGAAUGUAAGCGGAAAUUCCGGGAGAAGGAAGACCGAUACAAGAGCUUAGCUUCACUGGACAACCUGCAAGCUAAACUGAAGGAAUUGCAGCAGCAGAUGGCCUGGGCUCUGGUGGCUGAGAUGGAACAGGAGCUGCUGCCAUUGCAAGAAAAAUUGCAGUUAGAUCAAAGGUCUACAAAAAAAUAUGACGAGAAGGUGGAAGAAUGGAAGAAUAAAGUGGUGGAGGCCGAGGCAAAAUACAAGCAGAACUACGACCAAUUGGAGGGCAUCACUGUACGCCUCCAGGAGCUGCAGCCCCAGUGUGCCCAGCUGAAGACCGAGGCUCAGAGACGAAAUAAGCUUCUCAAAGCUGGCGAGGUCAGUGUCUACAGAUGUAAGACCAACCUGAAAAACUUGGCGAAGGAUAAGGCCCAGCUGUCUUCAAGGAUUGAUGAACUUAGUUUGAGUAUCAGUCAAACUACUGGAGCAGAGAGCCAGUUGAGGGCAGAGCAUAUAGCGAGGAUUCAGGCUGAACUGGAAAACCUGAGACACCAGGACUCUACCCUGGACCAUCAGAUUGACCAGUACCUGCAGGCGUCAAACCGUGCCAAAGACGAGCUUUGCAAGAUGAGGCAAGAGCAGGAUGGGCUCCAGAGGUCCAUAGAUGCCAAUAAGAGAAAUCUGCAUACCAUGGAGGCGAGCCGCUCCAAUCGCCUGCGACGCUUUGGAGAACACAUGCCUGCGUUCCUCAAUGCUAUCGAGGAAAUGCACAGAAGAGGCCAGUUCAGAAAGAAGCCCAGAGGACCGCUGGGAUACCUUUUUAGCCUGAAAGAUCCGGAGUUGGCCCUAGCUGUAGAGGUGUGUCUGAAGAACCAGCUUCAGGCCUUUACCUGUGACAACUAUGAUGAUGAGAGGGUUCUGCAAGGCAUCAUGGCUCAAGUGUUUCCAACCGGUCGCAGACCCAGCAUAAUCACCAGCAACUUUAUCUCACAUAUUCAUGACACCAGAAGUAGGGCUGUGAAUCACCCUGAUUACCCCUCAGUGCUGCAAGCGUUGCAUAUUGAGGACCCUGUUGUGGCAAACUGCUUGAUUGACCAGAGGGGAGUAGAGAGCAUUCUGCUCAUUAAGAAUCGUAAAGAAGCUCGUCAAGUGAUGGAGAGCAGAAACCCACCCAAGAACUGUACCCAGGCUUUCUCUCAGGAUGGAGACCAGAUCUUUUCUAACCGCAGCUAUACCGCUGAGCAGUCCAGAGCUAACUUCCUUUCUGGAGAUGUUGAGGAGGAGAUCAGACACUUGAAGAGAGAGGUGGAGAACCAGAUGGCCUAUGCCACUCGCUUUGAGCAGCAAAUGAGGAAAGUAGAGGAGGACAUCAACCGGAAUGAGGGGCUGCUAAGGAGAGCCCACAUGGAGCAGAAGAAAACCAAAGAUAAGGCCAGGAUGCUAGAGCUUGAGUUGACAGACCUACAAAAUGUGGAAGAGCCGCAGUCGGAGGACCUCAUGCCUUUGGAGGAAGAACUCCAGGAGAUUAUCAGUAAGAUCUCUACUAAGCAUGCAGAGUGCGAGGAGGUGACGGCUGAGAUGGCAAAGCUCAAGGUCUCCUAUGAGGAGGCAGAGCAGGAGUAUAAGCAACACAAAGACCAGAUCAGUGCAGUGGCUGAGGAGGCAGAUGCCAUCAAGGAGGAGCUUAGUAAGAAUGAUCAGGAAGUGUCGAAGUGCAAGCACCACAGUAAGCACUAUGAGGACAAGAGGAAGGCCCAUAUCAACAACAUAGAGACCCUCCGUGCCGACCUGGCCAGCAAGGAGCAGAAGCUCGAGGCAUCUGUGGCUAAGGCCAUGGAAAUCUGUCCACAGCGCAUACAGAAGUGUCGAACAGCCAGGAGUCUGGACAAUGAGAUCAACAGUGUCAAGUUUAACAUUACCACCCAGCAAGACCAGCAAGGUGACCGCGAGGAGAUCAUUAGGCAGUACCAUGAGGCACUGGAGAACUAUAAGAACAUGGCACAGCAGGUAAAGAGCCUCAACUCCUUCAUGAAGACUCUGAACGGAAUUUUAAACGAGAGGCUCGAUGCUUAUGCCAAGUUGAGGAGGCUUCUGUCUGCGCGCUGUAAAUACUACUUUGAUAGCAUGCUGGCCCAGAGAGGUUACACAGGGAGCAUGACCUUUGACCACAAGAAUGAAACCCUCUCCAUCUCGGUGCAGCCAGGUGAAGGGGACAAAGCUGAUUUGAGUGACAUGCGCUCCCUGUCAGGUGGCGAGCGCUCCUUCUCCACUGUUUGUUUUGUCCUCUCUCUUUGGGCCAUCACAGAGGCGCCAUUCCGCUGCCUCGAUGAGUUCGACGUCUACAUGGACAUGGUGAACAGGAGAAUAUCCAUGGACAUGAUGCUGAAGAUUGCGGAUAGCCAGCGCUACAGACAGUUCAUCUUCCUCACCCCGCAGAACAUGAGCUCCCUCCCCACCUCUAAACUCAUCCGAAUCCUGCGUCUCAAAGAUCCAGUCCGUGGAUUGCCGAGUAAUCCAGAGGGUGAAGAGAAGCAGUAGGGUAGUCUCCCAGUCCACUUGUAAUAACAAUCUUGUAUCAUUAUCAGUGCCCCUACUCUGUGGAGUCCCUCAGGGGUCUGUCCUUGGGCCAGACCUCCUCUUUAUACAUAUUUCCUCUUGGUCAUUUGUUUAGUCACUUUCAAGACAUGUCAUACCACUGUUAUGCCAAUGAUACUCAGAUCCAUUUCUCUGCCAAACCCAAUAACCUUAACUGUCCUCCCUCCAUGAUUGCUUAGCUGUCACCAAAGACUAGAUGUCCCUUAAUUUCCUCCAUCUAAACCAAGCCUCUGGAGUCAGCUUCCCCAAUCCAUUAGAUUUUCUUAAUCUUGGGACUUCAUCCCCCCCCCCCGAAUAUUUUUUCCUAGGAUGAAUCCAGAUGAAUCUUGAAAGUUCCCGCCCUCAGGCGCUAGGAUUGGCCAGAUCUGCCUGUCAGUUAACGCCGAUGCGGCUGUUCUGGAACGUGACGUUGUUACCGUACACACCCAGUAGAGUUGGCACAGUUGGCUUGGGUAGGGUUAGGGUUGUUGCACGUUCGCAUCAGCCUUAACUGACAGGAAGCUCUGGCCAAUCCUAGCGCCUUAGGGCGGGAACUUUCCGGAUUCACCCUAAGAAAAGAAAAAAAAAAAUAUCCCCCCCCCCCAAUUGUAUCUGGCCAAUUACCCUACUCUUCUGGUCACUGCUGCUCCCCCUUUGCCGAUCCGGGGAGGGCUGCAGACAUGUUGCCAAGCAGAUUCUUUUCACCUGACAGUGAAGAGUUUCGCCAGGAGGAUCAUGCCAUUCCCCCCUGAACAGGUGCCCGACUGACCAGAGGAGGCGCUAGUGCACCAGGACACAUCCACAUUCAGCUUCCCACCUGCAGACACAGCCAAUUGUAUCUGUAGGGACGCCCGACCAAGCAAUCUUUGGACCAUUUUAAGUGACUUCUAAAAACCCCAUCUUUUCAGGCAAGCCUUUUUAUAGAUCCCCACUCCUCCCUUGUGUUUUAUUUCGUUUUUAGCUUGGUCUGUUUCUCCUUAUGCCAUGUCUUGUAUUCAUUCAAUGUAUUUUCUGUAUUGAGUGUCAAGUCAGGUUUAUUUGUAUAUCACAAAUUUGCCUGAAGGAGCUCGACAGCAACAACAUCCAUCCGAUAAGGAAGAACUCCCUUAAAAAAAAAAAAAAAACUUUAGCAAGGGGGAAAAAAUGGUUAGAAACCUCAGAGAGGAGGGAUCUCUCCCAAGACAGACUAUGGAUGUUGUGUUUACACAAUUUACAGAACAUUGAAAGAGGAUAGCAGAAUUAUAAUUCUCUUAAAAAUUAUAAAGCACUUUAACAGUUACAAAGUGCUAUAUAAAUAUUUUACUUGCUUAGCCCAGGAUGUCUACCCUUGCUACUGUAUUUGUGUUCUGAUUUUUUUUUUUUUUAAUUUAGAUUGUAAUCACAGGAGCAAGUGAAAAUAUUUGUUCUUAGGUUCCUGCCAUAUAAUGUAAGUUUUAAAACAUUGUUAUUAAAAAAAUAAUUAUGUUCAUAUGUUUCCGGACAAAGUUGCUGCUGUGAUGUGUUUCAGUUCUCCAGUCAUGCUCUGUAGUCUUGAGCACCCACUGCCAAAACGACAUGCAUUAUGCACUUUUAAUUGGACUAAUGGGCUGUCAAAGUUAUUUGCCUCAGCCUUGCCUUUUGAUCUUUAUAGACAAGACUUUGCGGUAUUGUAAGAUUGAUUUAUGCAUUCUGUGAUAAAGUGGGUGGAGAACACACUAUUUGUCCUGUCAUCAAUCCUAAUAAUUUCCAGGUGUUGGUUUUCCCUGCUACAGUGGUGCAGCCUAAACUCAGGUGCUGCUGAUCACCUUGAAAGGAGUAUUUAAGCAGCAGCUUUGGAGUUGUCAGGGUGUAGAUGUGUGCACGAGAUGUUCAUUUAUUUGUUGUUAAAGCUCAAUUAUUGGGAGUUGAGUUUGUUCAGUUAAGAUGAGUUAACUGUUAAUUUGUUAAUUUACUUUUUUUCCAUAUUUUGUUUAUGUAGCAACACCCUGUAAA